CCGACCCUCAACAAAAACCAAAGAUCCCGCCAAAACCCUUUCCCAAAUUCAAACCUCUCAAAAAUUUUCAUCACACCAAAAUCUCCUCCCACUUUCAACAAAUCACCACAACCUUCGGAACACAAAUCUCACAACUUCACCCCCAAACCAUUCACCAACCACCAAUGGACACCACCGGCGACUCCAUACCCACCGCAACACCUCGGCUUUUCAUCAAAGAAAUGGUUAUGAAAAACUUCAAAUCCUACGCCGGUGAACAACGCGUGGGCCCAUUUCACAAGAGUUUUUCUGCUGUUGUUGGGCCUAAUGGAAGUGGGAAGAGUAAUGUUAUUGAUGCUAUGCUGUUUGUGUUUGGCAAAAGAGCCAAACAGAUGCGUCUUAACAAAGUCUCGGAGCUUAUUCACAAUUCAACAAACCACCAAAAUCUCAACAGUGCACGCGUAUCGGUUCAUUUUCAGGAAAUUAUUGAUCUGGAAAACGGAUCAUAUGAAGUUGUUCCAGGAAGUGAUUUUGUAAUAGCGCGUGAAGCGUUUCGCGAUAACUCUUCUAAAUACUAUAUAAACGGACGCGACAGUAAAUUUACCGAGGUUACUAACAAGCUGAAAGGGAAAGGAGUUGACUUGGACAAUAAUCGGUUUUUGAUUCUUCAGGGUGAGGUUGAGCAAAUUUCGCUUAUGAAGCCGAAAGCUCAAGGUCCCCAUGAUGAAGGCUUUCUUGAAUAUCUGGAGGAUAUUAUUGGAACUAACAAAUACUUGGAGAAAAUCGAGGAAUCCCAUAAGCAGCUUGAAGAGCUUAACGAAAAGAGGUCCGGGGUGGUGCAGAUGGUUAAGUUAGCUGAUAAAGAAAGAGAAAGUCUAGAGAGUGUUAAGAAUGAAGCAGAAGAUUACAUGCUUAAGGAACUGUCAUUGUUAAAAUGGCAAGAAAAAGCCGUAAAAUUUGCUUCUGAGGAAAACAAGGUGAAGUUGGAAGAGAUUCGAACGAAUGCGUCUGGCUUGGAAGCUAACUUAACGUCUGAAAGGGAAAAGAUUAAGGAAAGUAAGAAAGAAUUGAAGGAGCUCGAGACGGUGCAUAAUAAGUACAUGAAACGAGAAGAGGAACUCGACACUAGGCGUAAACGAUGCAAGGAUGAUUUCAAGGAAUUUGAACGACAGGAUGUGAAACACAGAGAAGAUUUAAAACAUGUGAAACAAAAGAUUAAGAAAAUGGAUGAGAAAGUUGAAAAGGAUUCAGCAAAGAUCAUUGACAUCACUAAGCAAUCUGAAGAGUCAGCUGCUGCAAUCCCGAAACUAGAGGAAGAUAUUCCGAAACUGCAAAAAAUAUUAUCGGAUGAGGAUAAAAUAUUGGAGGAAAUUAUAGAGAGCUCUAAAGUUGAAACCGAGGCAUUCCGUACCGAGGUUGCCAAAGUUCGUGCCGAACUCAAACCGUGGGAAGAACAACUGAUUGAGCAUCGAGGAAAACUUGACGUUGCAUCCGCCGAAAAACAACUUCUGUCUGAGAAGCACGAAGCAGGUCGAGCCGCGUAUUCAAACGGUCAGAAACAGUUGGAUGAGAUACAGAAGAGAAUCGUAACGAAUACUUCACGGAUAGAGGAAAUGAAAACCAGAUUAAAGAAAAACGAGCUUGAAUCAUCAAAAGCUCAUAAAGUAGAACAAGAAUGUUUAAAAGAACAAGAGGAAUUGAUCACUCGUGAGCAAGCUGCAAGACAAAAAUAUACCGAGCUUAAAUCUGUCAUGGAAACCGAAAAGACUCAGGGUUCUGUUCUGAAAGCAUUAUUGCAAGCAAAAGCUUCAAAUUCAAUAGAAGGAAUUUACGGAAGGAUGGGCGAUUUGGGAGCGAUCGAUGGGAAGUAUGAUGUGGCUAUUUCAACGGCAGUUCCUGGACUUGAUUAUAUUGUGGUCGAAACGAGCGCAGCAGCACAAGCAUGCGUCGACAUGCUUCGCACCAACAAUCUCGGUGUUGCUACAUUCAUGAUACUGGAAAAACAAAUGAACCAAAUGUCAAGAAUGAAAGAAAAGGUAAGCACCCCGGAAGGUGUUCCGCGUCUUUUCGAUCUAAUAAAGGUGCAAGACGAAAGAAUGAAACUCGCGUUCUUUGCAGCGAUGGGUAACACCGUUGUUGCGAAGGAUAAAGAUCAGGCGACCCGUAUUGCGUACGGUCCGGAUAAAGAAUUCAGGCGUGUUGUCACACUUGACGGUGUUCUUAUUGAGAAAUCAGGAACCAUGAGUGGUGGUGGAAAACCACGCGGCGGUAAGAUGGGGACGUCCAUAAGAGCCGCUAGCGUUUCCAGUGAAGCCAUUGCAGAAGUCGAAAACGAACUCGCUCAAAUAUCCGAAAAGUUGAAAAACGUAAGGCAACAGAUUUCCGAAAUGGUCCGGCAUUACAAAAAUUUGGAAAGAGAAAACACCGAUCUUGAACUCGAUAUAGCGAAAAGUCAACAAGAGAUUGAAAGUUUGAAUUCACAACAAAAAGAUCUUGCAAAGCAACUCGACUCUCUAAAGGCGGCUGCGGAGCCGAGUAAGGCUGAACUUAAUCGAAUUGAUGAACUUACGAAGAUUAUAUCGAAAGAAGAAAAGGAGAUCAAACGGUUGACCGAAGGGUCAAAGCAGCUUAAAGAGAAGGUGUUGGAGCUUCAAAGCAAAAUCGAGAAUGCAGGCGGUGAACGGUUAAAAAGCCAGAAGUCGAAGGUUACCAAAAUUCAAAAUGACAUUGAUAAAAACAGCACAGAGAUCAAUCGACACAAAGUUCAAAUAGAAACGGGUCAGAAAAUGUUGAAAAAACUAACGAACGGGAUUGAGGAAUCAAAGAAGGAGAAAGAUAAACUAAUUGCGCAGAAGGAACAUUUGCUUGAAACGUUUAAAGAGAUAGAGCAGAAAGCGUUCAAGGUUCAGGAUGAUUAUAAGAAGACAGAAGAGCUGAUAGAUCAACACAAGGCUGUGCUUGAAGAAGCGAAAUCCAAUUAUGAAACGUUGAAGAAGACGGUAGAUGAGUUACGGACAUCUGAGGUUGAUGCAGAUUAUAAGUUACAAGACAUGAAGAAGAUGCAAAAAGAGUUGGAAAUGAAAGAGAAGGGAUACAAGAAAAAGGUCGACGAAUUAAACAACAGUCUUUCGAAGCAAAUGGAACAAAUUAAAAAAGAUUUAGUGGACCCCGAAAAACUUCAAGCUACACUAGCAGACGAAUCUUUCUCUAAUGGUUCGGAUCUCAAAAAGUCGCUAGAAAUGGUGGCAUUACUCGAAGCACAGAUGAAAGAGAUGAACCCUAAUCUUGAUUCCAUCGCUGAUUACCGGAACAAAGUAAGCGUUUACAACGAGCGUGUCGAGGAGCUUAAUGUGGUAACCAAUGAACGCGACGAAACGAAAAAACAAUAUGAUGAGUGGAGAAAGAGAAGGCUAGAUGAAUUCAUGGCAGGGUUUAACACCAUAUCUCUAAAGUUGAAGGAAAUGUAUCAGAUGAUCACUCUCGGGGGUGAUGCAGAGCUCGAGUUGGUGGAUUCUCUCGAUCCGUUCUCCGAAGGUGUCGUAUUUAGCGUUAGACCUCCGAAAAAAAGUUGGAAAAAUAUUGCUAAUUUAUCAGGAGGGGAAAAGACUCUGAGCUCACUCGCGCUUGUUUUUGCACUUCAUCAUUACAAACCAACGCCACUUUAUGUUAUGGAUGAAAUCGAUGCUGCUCUAGAUUUUAAGAACGUUUCAAUCGUGGGUCAUUAUGUUAAAGACCGUACAAAGGAUGCACAGUUCAUCAUCAUCAGCCUAAGAAACAACAUGUUUGAGUUGGCUGACCGGCUCGUGGGGAUAUACAAAACCGACAAUUGUACCAAGAGCAUCACUAUCAAUCCAGGAAGUUUUGUGGUUUGUGAAAAGGCUGCUUAAACUUAAAACCGUUUGUGAAGUUUUCAAAGCCUUCAAGAUUAACCCUUAUUGUUGUGUUUUCGUGUUUUAAGUUAAUGUUCCUAUCAAGAAAUACAUUGAGUGUUGCAAUUUGCUUGAUUGCAGUUGUGUAUAAUCACAUGACAUUAUGCUAUGUUAAUACUUGAUUUGGUCUUAUUG